AGAUUCCAGUGAGGAGUGCAAUGGGAUCAGUGGUACUCUGUCAGUGGAGUCUGUGCCGGGGCCAAGACUGAACUGGUGUUCCACCAACGCCCCUACUCCUAUUCCAGCUCCUGUGCCAGAGCCAAUGCUCAACCCUGUCAGAAUGGGGGAUGGCCUUGAUGUAGCGCAGAUGUCUGGUAGCAGCAGCAGCCUGGGGCAGGCCCAGCAAGGCCUCGAUCCCUCAGUUCCUGAGCAUGUCAACUUCAGCAGGCCAAAGCGCCAGACCAAUCAGCUGCAGUACCUUCUCAAGGUGGUGGUGAAGUCCCUGUGGAAGCACCAGUAUGCCUGGCCUUUUCAUUCACCAGUGGAUGCUGUCAAACUCAACCUGCCUGACUACUACACAAUAAUCAAAACGCCUAUGGACAUGGGAACAAUCAAGAAAAGGCUUGAGAAUAGCUACUACUGGAAUGCCCAAGAAUGUAUCCAGGACUUUAACACAAUGUUUACCAACUGCUACAUAUACAACAAGCCUGGGGAUGAUAUUGUCUUGAUGGCUGAAGCUCUAGAAAAGGCUUUUCUACAAAAGGUUACGGAAAUGCCUCAGGAAGAAAUUGAGAUUCCUGUCAUGACAGGGAAGGGACGUGGUCGUGGCCGGGAGAGACAUAGGUGUCUAAACAUGAAACCAGGUAUAAUCAUUGACCCCUCACCCACAACUCCUCAAACGCGUGGUCCAUCAACUCCCUCAGCAGCUCCACAGUCUCGAGGACCAAUGCAGGGCCCACCUUCACUACCUCCCCAUCCUUCGAUGCAGGCCCUGCCAUCCCACGUACCCCAAACGUUACCCAGCCAUGCACCACAGCUCGGAGUUCCAUACUCCAUGGUUCCAUCAGACUGUGCUCCUCAAAUUCCCAUCAUGACUCCUGUGCCUCUCCCUGUCCAGACCUCACUUCCUCCAAUAUCGGUUCAGAGCACUGCCCCUAUGCUGCAGACCCCUAUAACUAUGACCAAACAAAGAAAGAGUCAAAAAAGGAAAGCUGACACUACAACGCCCACAGCAAAUGACCAGCUGAGUGAGUCUUCACCAGCAGAAUCCAAAUCUGGGAAGACGCUACCCAGGCGAGAGAGUAGCAGACCUCCAAAACUGAUAAAGAAGGAGGCUCCGGACUCUCAGCAUCACAUAGGCAUGGGGACUGGGCUUAGUGGACCAAGUGGAGGUCUUAGCCCCAAACCUCAGGAUCAGCUAGGUUAUUGUGUUGGUUUGGUUAGGGAUAUGCUGUCCAAGAAGCAUGCUGCAUAUGCUUGGCCCUUUUACAAACCUGUUGACGUGGAUGCACUGGGACUGCAUGAUUAUCAUGAAAUUAUCAAACAUCCAAUGGAUCUCAGCACCAUCAAGGCGAAGUUGGAGAACAAGCAAUAUCGAGAACCUCAGGAGUUUGCUGCUGAUGUUCGGUUAAUGUUUUCUAACUGCUACAAAUAUAACCCACCAGACCACGAAGUUGUAGCCAUGGCUCGCAAACUGCAGGAUGUCUUUGAAAUGCGCUUUGCCAAGAUGCCAGAUGAACCUGAGAGUAAACCGGUGGUUUCUGCCCCAGCCCCUACACUUCACCAUCCUGCCCCUGUUAAGCCUCAGCCGCCUUUGGCCCAUGUUCCUUCGUCUUCAGACAGCUCCAGCGACUCAUCUUCUGAGUCUGAGUCGUCCACAGAUGACUCUGAAGAAGAGCGAGCCCAGCGGUUAGCGGAGCUCCAGGAACAGCUCAAGGCUGUCCAUGAACAGCUGGCUGCCCUGUCGCAACCACAAGCCAGCAAACCAAAGAGAAAAGAAAAGGAAAAGAAAGAAAAGAAAAAAGAUAAACAUAAGAAGAAAAGUGGAAUGACUGGUCUCGUUAAUGAGAUACAGGACAGUAUGCCAGUUUCACAGCCGUCAAAGAAAUCCAAGGCUAUUAACAGCAGCAAAGAGAUUGGUUUAAAGAAGAAACCCAGCAAAAAGGAGGUUAUGAAAAGUAAUCAUCCUCCCAACCUUCAGCCAGUUCCAACUCUGGAGGAUGAUUAUGGAUCUAGUGGAUCAGCAGUAACAGGGGAAAAGUGCAAGCCUAUGACUUACGAAGAGAAGAGGCAGCUAAGCCUGGACAUCAACAAGCUUCCUGGAGACAAACUUGGCCGUGUAGUUCAUAUUAUCCAGUCGAGAGAACCCUCGCUCAAAAACUCAAACCCUGAUGAGAUUGAGAUUGACUUUGAAACACUGAAGCCCUCCACGCUGCGUGAGCUAGAGCGAUAUGUGUCUUCUUGCCUUCGAAAAAAGAAAAAAGUUCCAGCUGAGAAGAAUAUCGAGUCUGUGGCUUCUUCCAAAAAGGCUGGAUCUUCUUCUGAAAGCAGUGGCUCAAGCUCUGAUAGUGAGACUGAGAACACAGGAAUGUUAAAACAGCAGAAAAAGAAGAGCCGCUCUGGGAAGGAGGCAAAAAAGACCCAUCCUGCCGCUCAGAUGGGUUCUGCUCCAACUGGGCUUCAGCCCCAAGCUGCUGGCCCUCAGUCUAGCAGUCAGAUGAAAAAGCAGCAGCUUGAUCCACCUCCUGCAGCUUUUGUGGCUCAUCCACCUGUAGCAGCCCUGGAAUCAUCCGAUUUAUUAGAGAGCUACGAGUCGCUGCCAUCAUUCAGCAGCCAUCAGCCCAUGAUGCAUAUAUCCCACCUCGCAGGAAACUCUUCCCCUCCACCUCCACACCUAAACGCUCAUUCUGCAGGGGCUGUGUCUCCUGAGACGCAUCCCUUCCUCAAUCAGCAUCCCGUCCUCCCAUCUCCAGCUUUACACAGCUCCAUGCCUCAGCAGCCUUCUCGGCCGAGUCACAAGGCAGCACCUCUUCAUCCCAAACCCCCCCAGCAGCAACCGGCACCACCUCAGCAGCAGCAAACUCUUCAGCCGCAGCUUCAACCGCAGCCAGCAGCCCCACCGCCACAGCACCAGCUCCCCUCCCAGAUCCUUCAUCCGCCUUCUCAACCCUUGCAUCAGAGGCCCAUAUCACCCCCAACGCUGACACCCCAAGGCUUGCUGUCUUCUCAGCCUCCUCAGAUGCUGCUGCAGGAUGAUGAGGAGCCUGGGUCCACCACACCAUUGAAUCAAGUGCAGUUAUGCCUACAGCAGUUCCAGCAAGCUCGCCAGCCACAGCAGACCAUGCUGCAUACACAGGCGCGUCAGCAGCAACAAGGACAGACUUCGCUCCUGCACUCUUUACAGGGACAGGCUCAGCUGUCCACUCAGACAUCACUGCCUGCUCCUCAGCUUUCUGUCCAGUCCCAGACUCAGCCUAUUCCGUCACACCAAGCCCCGCCCUCACAGAUGCCCCUACAUCCAGCCCGUCACAUGCAAAACGCUCAGCAGCAAUCGCAGCAGCUGAUUUUCCAACAUAGUUCUGGAUUAUCUAGUCAGUCCCAGGUGACGCAACAUAAUUUAUCAAUGCCCACCAUCAAAGCACAGCAGAUCGUCCAACAGCAGCAGCAAGAGCAGCCCUCCCCUCGCCCAACCAAAGUCGACCCCUACAACCCCGCUCAAAUAAGGGACAACCCAUCCCCUCUUAUGAUGCAUUCCCCUCAACUUCCCCAGUUUGCACCUGUCUCUCACCAGUCUCCACCUCACAACAUGCAGCCCAAAAAGCAGAGAGCCCCGGGAAAACAAGGUGCAGGUAAGGAGGAAAAGCUUCCUGCAACACCUGUGAUCCGAGGAGAACUUUUUAAUCCUGCAGUGAGACCAGACCACAAGCAUCCCGAAAACAAGCCCAGGCAGCAGAAUAUGAAGUCUAUGGACAGCUCACAGCCGGUCAUCUGCUCUUCUGAGCCUCAUGGACCACCACCUACCCUACAGGACAAGGAGAAGUUCAAACAAGAAACCAAGACCCCAGCGGCUCCCAGGAAAAUACAGAACGUGGGACCUUGGGGCAGCCUGGGAAAGGAGUCCACAACACCAUUAUCUACUGUAAAAUCCUCAAUUGACAGUUUUAAUAUUUUCCGCCGUUUUGCUCUGGAGAAGGAGGGGAAGCAGAAGGCCCUGAAGGCUGAGCAGGCCGAAAAACGUAUGCGAAGAGAACAAGGUGAAGAGGUCAUCAUUGAGCCUACCAGAAGGAUGCAUGAGGAGCCUCGCCGGCGUCCUGAACAGCAUCAUGUCCAAGCCCCUUCUCAGCAGCCGCAGAUGCCACAGCCAGCUGCCGUCCAGCAGCCUCCUCAGCCCCCUCCGCUGCCUCAGCCCACCACACAAACCUCACUUGACCAUGAGAGAGAGAUCGCACGUCAAAAAGAACAGGAGAGGAGGAGGAAUACAGCAACUAUUGACAUGAACUUUCAAAGCGAAAUCAUGUCCAUCUUUGAAGAGGACCUAUAUUGUGGAAAUGAGUAACUCAAGCAAGCAGCAGCGAACGAGGAUAAACUUUAUCUUCAGUAAAGCAAACGUGCACCCCGAAGGGCAGAAGACUUGAAUACCACAAAAGCCCUGUAGAGACUUGAUCUGAACGCUAGAGACGUGUCCACAACUCGCUUCGUCCUCUUGGGAUUAACUCUGGUUGUGGUCUCGCUGAUGCUUUGGACGUCGUUUUGUUGGAAUUUAGCAUCGCUCGCCUGAACUCCCAGAACAAGUAAAAGAAGAGCUCCUGUGGGCACACUUGCCUUCUUCAUGCUCUCGCACUGCGCGUGGGCGUGGCGAUAACCGCGGGAGCAACGACGUCCUUCCGGAUCCCAGCGAUGAUGGAAAAAUGCUCUGAUGUAGUGACAGACUGCGAAACUGCCAGAUGUCAGAUAUUGUGAAGAAUAUUGCUUUUAUGUUCUGUUUAUUUUGUUGUAAGUGACACUUUCUUUUCUUUUCUAUUUCUGGGGCGGGCGGGUAACUUCCAUACUGUAAAUCAUGUAUAUUUCUCAGCAGAGAAGGUACAGUUUGCCUUACAUCUCUUUCCUAAAUUUGUUCUAUGACCUGCACACAUAGACAAACCAAUAACAUUUACAGACAGGACCAGAAGCCGUGCAGACUUUUACAUCAUCUAGUAUCUACUGAAAAGAAAUAUUUUCUUAUACUACAGCUGUUUGUUUUCAGUCUUUCUCCUUCCCACUUUAGCUCUUUGAAUCUUCACAACAACACACUCCAACAGACACCUAUGCCGAACAACUCUUAUCAUUUAUUCAUUGUUCCAAAACAUAGAAGUGCGUGGAUAGUGAGACGGGGGGGGGGGGAUAUGCAGAACUCCAGUGAGUAUUUAUGAAAAACUGAGCUUCUUUUCAUUAUUUCUUGUGUUUUUCCUUUUAAAACUACAAGAGAUUUUAAGCAGAAAACUGAACAAACGAGUUGCUUCUGAGCUUUGGUUGAGUUUCACUCCGAGCACUGAACGUUAUUUUUAUUGCUUCGGACAUAAUUUUGUUCACGAUAGUUUCGCCAAUCAGCUCAGCCUCUCGCUGCUCCCCUUCAGUGCUUCUGGAAGGAGGAAAUCCUUCAUAAACACACGUUUCUGUUGUUGAAACUUGAAACAGGUGGUGAGAGAGUCAGUGGGACCAGAUGAUGGCCUCGGUGAAUCAUCGUCUAAGGCACACGGCGGACCGUGCAAAAUAAAGACUACAAAAGUCAAAACAGAAAAGGAUGAAAGAAGUUUUGAUUUCUAUCUUUGGUGUUUGAUAAUAGUGGGUGUGAGUUCUGAUCCUGUUGUUGGCGACGUCAGAGGUAGGCUAAAAUCGAAACACAUCUCAUCUCUCGUGUUUUUUCUCCAGUGCCUGUAUUGUAUUGCAAUUCUUGUUGGCUUGUAUUACACACUUAGAGGGAAUUGAAGGUUCGACGUGAGUGGGGGGUGUAAUAUUUGGAUGGGGUGGGAGAUUUUUGAAAGAGUUUGUGUUUUAAAAAAAGGUGAAAAGUAAGACAGCAUUUUAUAUCUGACCCAUUGUCAAUACUCGGGUUUUAAAUCUAGUUUUAGCUGGACUUCUAUGAUCGUACACAUCUGAGAACAACUCAUUUGGUUCUGUCAGCAGAUUGAAGUAGAUGUGAUUCAGCAUUUCUACACUAGCAUUUUGAGUCUAGUGUGUGAGUGUGUGUGUACUUUUGGAAGGCUGUGUGUGACUGUGAAUGUUUCUGUUCAUUUUUACUUUUGAUGUGUGGUGCUGAGAGGCACGCUCACCCAUGUAGAUAAACGUGUUGAUGAGGAAAGUACUUCAGGAGAACUUUAGUGCUUAAUUCACUUUUUUAUUUUUAUGAAGUCCACUAUGUAUGAAUAUAUGUUAUUAGACCUGUUUCAAAGUGAUAAGAAAACACGUUCAUUCCUUUUUGGCCUGUUUCUCCCUUUUCACGUUAACUGUUGGACGUUAUGUGCCAUGAGCUCUAAAGAGAAUGUGCUGACAUGCAGCUCAGCUCAGAGUUUGCUUUAUUCAGGUAUUUUAUUUCUGUGUUACAUUUGUUCUGUUUUGGGGGGUUUGUUAAAACAUUUUCCUCUAAUUUUUUUGUUGGUAUGUGCGUGGUUGCUUGAGGUCUCUGAUUAGGUAUGUUAUGAUCAUUGAAUAAACUCAUCUCUUUUAUAGAAAAUAAAACCUGGAAUUGUC